AUGCGUCGCAAUCGUAAAUCCGGCGGUCUGAACGACGCGCCUGCGACAGCUUCUCAAAUUCGUCGGAUUCGCACUUUCAGCAACGUGAAUGACGCCUCUGCGACAAAUUCUAGCAUGCGUCGCAAUCACACCUUCGACGACCUGAACGACGCCUCUGCGACAAAUCCCACCAUUCGUCGCAACCUUACCUUCAGCAACCUGAACGACGCAUACGGCAGCGCGGCUCUGGCUCCCGCCGUCGACUUCCGAGCCUGGCUCGCGGACCAGGUUCGGUUUAGCCAGAGCUUACGCAUUCCCGAACCUACGCAGAAGGCCUGGUUAAUCGACAAGCUGGGACCGCUUAAGGCGCUGGCACGCGUGGGAAUGAAAAAAGCCACGUGUACAUUCGCGAUGCACGUACACGGGGUUGAUGACCUUCCGACAACCAUGGAGGGGAAAGAGCUCAUCGUGCAAUGGCAGCGACGGGGAAUGUCUAUCGGUAGUAGCUCCAUGACGGUCCAACGCGGCGUGGCGAAACUGGAGCAGACGUUAACGAUCAAGUCUUCUGUCUACUACACCGCCGGGUCUCAGCAAUCCGUCAAGUUUCAGUCGAAGAAAUCGACGAUCGCGGUUCAGUUUUUGAAAUCCGUCGGAUUUGGAUAUGAGGCUGAGAUUGCAAGCCAUUCUGUUAAUCUGGCGAGUCUCCUGCCGUCGAAACUUCGUCCGGUGACGGAAGGGGAACCGCAGACGUUAACGUUUAAACUUACCGGUCCGGCGGACGGAGCCGUUUUGGUGGCGACGUUUGGGUAUGAGUUGAAUCUCGGCAAGGGACAAACGAUUGUCGCACGGGUGGAUACGAAAUCAUUUCGCCAGUUCGCCGCCAGCGUCGCAGAAGCGUCGCCCGCUCCGAACGAAGCGUUAUUCUCGAACAGCCCGCCUGACAGCCCGUCGUCGUAUGGUUCCAGCCCGUCGCACAGCUUCGCCGACGAAUUUUCGCCACGGCCGCGCGAUAUCUCGCUGGGGUUACCGGAUUCGCCCAUGGGUCAUACUCGGAGCGCGAGUUACGGUUACGGCUUUAAAGUCACCACUCCGAGCACCAUGCGACCGUGCGUUCUCAGGGACUUGUCUGUUCCUGACAGCCUUGUCUUCUCUGCCAUGCCUGCCGCUGCUGCUGCUACUGCCAAACCUGCAAUCGCCGGACCUGCCAGUGCCAAACCUGCAAGUGAUUGCACCAUUGGCACUUUCCAUAAGGGAUCAGCUGCAGUCACAACCAUCAAGGCACCCCUCACCUCCCCUGCUGCCGCUGCCGCUGCCGCUGCCGCUGCUGCUGCUGCUGCUGCUUCUCUGCCCCCCCUGGCGCCGUCUUCUGUCCCACCUUCCGCCUCGUCACUCCUAGCACCCGAUUCCAUCCCCCCUCCCAUCCCACACCCCACCACCAUCCCACCCCACCUCCCAACCCAACCCACCACCUCACCCUCCCCCUUCCCCUCCCCUCUCGCCCACCUCAAAGCCACGGACCCGCUCCUCCUCGCCCUCCCUCAUUCCAACGCCCCUCCCCCGCUCCUGGACGGCAUGGGGUCAGCUAUAGCGGUGCAGGGAGGGGGGUUCCUGGCUUCCAUGUCCGGCCAGCACUUUGGGGAAGGGGCCACGCGACUGGUGAUGCAAUUCUCCCGCCCCAUGGUCAUCCCAUCGGAAUUAGCGUUGGGAGCAGCGUCAUCUGAAGCAGGAUCUUCUAAGCUCCUGCCUCUCCCUUCUGGAGCUGCUGCUGCUGCUGCUGCUGCUGCUGGCGCCUCUGGUGCUGGUGCUGCUGCUGGUGCUGAUUCCUCCUCUGUGCUCCCGCUCCUGCAGCGCCUAGCAGCGGCCUCUGCUGCGGACCCUUCCGCCCCUUCUCUCACAGACCAAGUUUUGGCGCUCAUGCCCCUCCCAGACAUCAGCGGCAAGCCGCUAGAGCAGAUUGCAGCUGAGGGAAUGGCUUAUCUCGAAGGAGGGUGGAACUGGGAGGGAGGAGUGGAAGGAUUGGGGUGUCCGGGAGGGUUGGGAGGAGUGGGAGGGUUGGGGGGAGGGGUUGGACGGAGUUUGGAGGGGCAGGAGGGGGUAGAGGCAGGAGGGUAUCUGCAAGGGAACCAGAGAGGCUACCUGGAGGGGCACCUGGGAGGAUACCUGGAGGGCGGUUCAGGUGGUUCGUCAGGUGCUAUCAUCAGCCGAGGCAGCUCCUCUGCCGUCACAGUCUCCCACUCUUCCUCUGCCCUCUCCUCCUCGGUCUCCACCGCUCUGGCUGUGAGGCGUGCACAGGCAGCGGCAGCGUUGGCUCGCCUAAGGCGCAGGGGGCAGCACCUACUGGGCAGCAGCGGAGGAGGAGGAGCAGGAGGAGGAGGAGGGGAAAAGGAUCGGUUUCUAGGGGAGACGGAAGAGGAGGAGGAGAUGGAUAGGGAGCUCAGGCAUGCGCUUGCGCUGAUGGGCAGGAGUGGAGGGAGCAUGGUUCUAGCUGGUAAAGCUGGUACGGCUGGUAGGGGUGAUGCUGCAGGUAGGGCUCUAGCUGUGGGCAAGGGCGCAGCAGGGAACAACAUGGUUCCUGGUAUGGCUGGGAUGGGAGCUGGAACGUUGGCCAGUGCUUUACAGGGAGUGGGAGAGGGAGAGGGAGAGGGAGAGGGAGAGGAGGAUGAGCAUGUGGGUUUGGGUGAGCUGGGGGCGUUGGCUGUGGAGCAGAUAGAAGCUCUGCUAGUGGAGGGGCUUAGAGUGCAGAACGACCAGAGCGAGCUGCAAGCGCCAGGGGCUAAUGCCCUGGGGGAAUCCGGGCAGUUGGGGUAUUCCGCGGGUUACCCUGCAGGUUACGUGACUGGCGGGUCGAGGGAUGUUCUGGGCAGCGCUGGUUACCAGUCUAGUGGUAACCAGAUUGCAGGUAAACAGAAUAGUGGUAACCAGUCUGGUGGUUACAGUGGGGGAGGUGGGCCGAGAGGGUUGCUUGGGGCGGCGCUGACAGUGGAGGAGUGGCAGCAGCUGGAUGCAGGGGUGUGGGAUGCGGUGGAGUCCGAUAGAGAUGCUUCAGAGGUGCUGCGAGCACACUGCAAGGCGCAUGGCAUAGCAGGGCUGCUGGAGGGGAGUGAGGGCGAUGAGGGGAAACAGAUGGUGCUGCGCGGUGCAGAUGGGUUCGGAGGGCAGUUGGUGCCUGCAGGGAAUAUGGAUGAUGCAGGCUGCUUGACUGUAGGAGGCCUGGGGUGUGAAUCUAGGCAGAUGGUGGGAGGUCUUGGAAGGGGAAUAGGGCUGACAGCAGGCCAAGGGAACAAUCUAACAGGGGGUGUGGUUGGUAACCCUGUAACAGGGGGAAUGCUAGGAGACAGUGUAACAGUGGCCAUGCUGGUUCAACUGAGGGACCCUCUGCGGAACUUUGAGCCGGUGGGUGCACCCAUGAUGGCGCUGCUGCAAGCAGAGAGAGAACCAACACCCGCACAGGCACCACCUGCUGCUGCUGGUGUUGCCGGUCGUGUUGCUGCUGGUUUGGGUGGUCUUCCCACCGCUGCUGCCCUUGGCAGCAUGGGCCAGGCCUUUCUGGAAAAUCAGGACCGUCAAGCCCUAAUGGAAGGCUACCAUGGUGGCAGCAAGCUGCCUCAGGGGCUUUUGGAGCAAGCUGCCUCUCCCAUCCCUGGCGGCUCUCUCAGUCAUACAGAUAAUACCACCAGAGCCCAGCUUUUCUUGGAGUAUUCUGCACUUGAUGUUCCCAGCCCAGCACAGACGGCGCUACAGCCGUGGAAUGGUGCCACCUCAGCACAAGCAGCGCUACAGCCAAGGAUCGACGCUACAGCCCGCAGUCGUUUCGGCUCUGCUGCCGUCCAUCCCUCUGCUGCCCCGCCUCCCACUCUCCCCUCCACCGCCCCGCCCCGAUUCAAGCUCAAAGCAGUGCACGUGGCGGGGCUAAAAGCAGAGCAAGCACCAGCAAGGGGGUGGGGGUCACACAAGCAAGCACAGGCAGGCGGGAGGUGGCUGGCUGCAAACGGCAUGGGGAAGAAGCAGCAGGGGAAGGGCGGUGAGAGCAGGAUGUUUGGGAAGCAUGCGAAGCCGGCUAAGGUGACGGUUCAGCCUGGGGAUACCCUGUGGAGUCUUUCCCAGAAGGUUCAUGGGAGUGGGAUGAAGUGGACGGAAGUGGUGAAGCUGAAUCCGCAGAUUCGGAACCCGGACCUGAUCCUGCCGAGCCAAAAGAUUCGGAUGCGGACGUGA